UGGAGUAGGGUAGCAUUCUCCUGAACAACGCUACUCAAAUCACGUCAAAUUUUAAGAUUUGACACUUAAGUGAUGGGAUAAUUACCCUUGGGGAGUGUCGAUUGUACACUGGAAUUCUAAACAAACAUACAUGCUAAGCCAGUGACAGCAGUAACUGCUUUUCAAAUCACAUUGAAGUCUCUUUCAACUAUUUAUCUCUCGCUUCACAAUGCAUUCAAUCAAAAUUGAUAUACAAUCAUGUAUAAUACAUAGGCCUAUCGAGAACCGCGAAAAUUAGACUAGCAUUAAAACGUACGGAAGCCUGCUACGACCUGAUGUUGGCCAAGAUUGGAAGCACGUAUUGGAUUGUGCUUGACAAAGCUAUUAAAAAGUAUUAGAAAGACGCUUUUCCGUUCUAUUUAUGUAAACUCGGCUUCGCUAGUGUUCAGACAACUGGGUCUUCACAACACUGAGAAUCUUCAAUGAACUUUUCAGACGUUUUCUAUUAAAUGGUGGACUACUUUAUGGCAUUAUGAGUUGUAGCGGUACUCUCCGACUUGCUCUUUUUUUAACAGUGUUUCUACCAAGUUCAUCAAGGAGGGAACCAGGAAUGAGAUUAAACCUACGUAGUGGCAAUGUAACAGGCUCUAGUGACUGUAUACAAGUUAUUGUUCCCCCCGUUCCAUCAAACAACAAAUUAUGUGACCGUCAGGCCGUAAUAAAGGUAGAUUUUUCUGGACUUUGCAAAUCCGUCAAGUUCGUAUUAUUAUACGGCGAGGCUCCGACCUCCUGGACCGUUGAUAUAUCAGACUCACAGACGGGGGACGGGUACGGGGGUAGCCGGGACCAGCUUAAAGCUACGAAUAUUGCAGAGACACAGAUAUUUGGUCGUCAAAUGAGAAUCUAUAGUAACAGCCUUCCAGGACACACCGACGCUACCAUCGACGGUGGACUGCUUUUAAAAGUUAUUGACAACAUCGCAGAAGAAGGAUCAAGAUUGACAUUGCAUAUAAGUGACGAGCGGAUACAGUGGAACAAUCACAAAACGCAGAAAGGAGUCAUGAAUAGUAAAUAUCUCUACACCUUAAGUGGCCAAGAGCCAUUGUUUGGCGAAGAAAUGGAGUAUAAUAUAUAUGCUGGAUUCAAUAGAGUUCCCGGUGGAACAUUUCGCUCAGGAACAGGACUUUGCGAAGUUAACGUUUAUCCAUCAACUAAUGAAGGGUCGGGAGGUGGUGAGGUCACAGCCUACACUCCCAUCUUUCCCGGUGUUGAUGAGUGCAAUGUAGUGACCAAUGAUGGAUGUUCGGAGAAUGAAACAUGCAUCCGGACAACAGAGAACCAAAAGUGCUCAUGUAAAAGGGGUUUUCGAAGAACUCGGUUAAACUGCCAAGAUAUAGAUGAAUGCAGCAGUAACGAGGAUGAAGGGUGUGUGCACAGGUGUGUCAAUGUACCUGGUAGUUAUUACUGUGCUUGCUUCGACGGCUUUGUCCUAGCUGAAGAUGGCAAGAAUUGCGUAGAUAAGGAUGAGUGCGCAUUAGGAGUGCAUGGUUGCCAAGAUCAGUGUGUGAACACAAUUGGACGUUAUGAAUGCGUUUGCAAUAAUUCUUAUUUAAAUGAAGAUGGGCGGACAUGUUCAGAUGACCCAGGUUGUGUAAAUCGAGACUUACAUUGCGUGCACUACUGCGUGGAUACAAGCGCAGGAUCUAUAUGCCAGUGUCGCGCCGGUUACUCAACGUCAUUAAACAGGAAAAACUGCAUUCCUAAGUGUUCACUUGGUAACGGAGGAUGCCAACACAUUUGUGUUAAUUCCCCUCCGGGUCCAAUCUGCAGUUGUCACCCUGGUUACAAUCUCAAUACUGAUGGUCAGACUUGUAUAGUUGAUGAAUCUUACUCAGAAACGUGCGGUCUGAAUAACGGCGGGUGCCUGGGAAAGUGCACAGAUACAGAUGGCGGUGUGGAGUGCAGUUGCCAGGAAGGAUUUCGACUUCAGCCAGAUAAUCGCUCAUGUAAAGAUAUAGAUGAAUGCUUGAUUAACAGAGGAGGGUGUACAAAUGAAUGCAGAAACAAGAUUGGAGGUUAUGAAUGCAUCUGCCCCAAGGGCUUCAUUCUCUCAUCAAAUAAAAAAUCCUGUGUUGAUGUAAAUGAGUGUGAUGAAGAAGACACCUGUGAACACACCUGUAUCAAUACAGAUGGGAGCUUCUAUUGUUUAUGUAACCAAGGAUACCAAGCAUAUGGCAUCACACACUGUGGGGACAUGGAUGAAUGCUCGGUGAACAACGGAGGGUGUGAGCACAAUUGUGUCAAUCUCCCAGGCCGUCAUUACUGCACGUGUAACAGGAACUUCAAGUUACAUCCAAAUGGCAAAGACUGCGUUGAGUGGACAAGUUGUCUUCCUUUACGUACACCGCCUAAAACUGUUCUUGAUUGCAAGAACAGCGUCGGUUACUGCACCAUCACCUGCAAUACAAACUCAUAUUUUUCAACAUCAGUGCAAGGUCGCAACACGUUUGUAUAUCGUUGCAACAAAAGCACUCAGUUUGAAUGGUACAACAACGAUCUGAAUCGCACGAUGCCAUCUUGCUCAGAAGCAAUCGCCGCACCAACAUACAAGCGUAAAGCCUCGUUUAAUUUCGCAGCCGAUCGAUGUCGGUCGAAAGCAAAAGUCACAAAUCGUUUCCAGGAGACUUUAAAUAGGAAACUCUCAGAAAUUUAUGAUGAAACUUGUACUGACCAUUGCCAAGUGAACUCUGUUGAAUUACGUUGUACUCCAAAUCGAAAGAAACGAACCAGACGUGGUGAUUCAAAUCGAUCAUUGGUCAUCAAGGCAGAAUUUGAAAUCCAAAUUAUUGCAAGAGAACCUACAGAAUCCUGUAACAUCGAUUGCGUAACAAGGGUGAGUGAACGAACACUAAAGCGGACAGUUAACGAACUUCGGAAGUCAAUUAACAGGAAACACUUCAAGGUAGACUUCAAUGGUAAAGAGUAUGAAGUCAUCAAAAGGUCAUUACUGACAGAGAAGAUGGAGAUGCUGUGUAACGUAGGCAAAGUAAUGGUCGCUGGAAAGUGCGUUGCUUGCAGCAUGGGCACUUAUUAUGAUAAAACAAAAGGACGAUGCACACCAUGUCCUAGUGGAACUUACCAGGACACAGAAGGAAAAAUGGAAUGUAUUCUAUGCCCAUCUAGGAGGAAUGACUUUGGAAUUAUUGGUGCAAGAAAUGUAACAGAAUGUGGAGGUCAAUGCCGUCCAGGAGAUUAUUCCAAGAAUGGAUUUCAGCCGUGCAGUCCAUGUCCCAUUGGUCAUUUUCAACCAGAGCCUGGCCGAGCCUCUUGUAGACCUUGCGGAGGUGACCUAAUCACAGCAGACGUUGGUUCAGCUUCAUUUCAACUCUGCCAGGUCAAAGAUAAUUGCCAGGCUGGGAAAUAUUAUGAUAUAGCAACACACCAAUGCCAACCAUGCAGGAAAGGAUUUUACCAAAACGAAACUAAAAUGAACUACUGCGUCCGCUGUCCUGGCAACACAACAACAGAUUCAGUGGGAGCAGAUGAUGUCACAAAAUGUAAAAGUCAUCAGUGCGGAGGCGUUAUUGGUCCCGAAAAAGGCUUCAUUGAGAGUCCCAACUAUCCAGGCGACUAUCCAACAAAUGUAGAAUGCGUUUGGACAAUAUUACCGCCCUCAAAUCGGCGGAUACUGAUAGUCCUUCCAGAAAUAUAUCUACCGAGUAAAAUAGAUGACCGAUGUGAGGAUUUCUUAGUCAUGCGAAGGACAGAAUCACCACAUUCUACAACCACAUUUGAAACAUGCGAGACAUACAGAACACCUUUAGCAUUUACAGCGAAAACCAGAAAAUUAUGGAUCCAAUUCAAAUCAAAUGAAGCACGAACUGCAAAAGGAUUUCGUAUUCCAUAUGUAACCUAUGAAGAGGAAUAUGAAUAUCUGAUUGAGGACAUUGUUCGUGAUGGUAGGCUUUAUUCUUCAGAUCAACAUCAAGCUAUUUUACAGGAUAGAAAAGUUGUCUCUGCGUUACUUGAAGUUUGUGCCAAUCCUCAAAAGUAUUACCAGUACAAUAACGAGUAUCGUUCUAUUCUGCCAGCAUCGUUUGUCAGGUUUUUAGAAACGAAAAUAGAAAGGUUUCUUGUCAUCCCAAAGACAGCACCAGGAAGAAGAUGAAGUAAAAGUUGAUAACAUAUUGCAUAUAUUUUAUAAAAUGGAAAGCACAGCCGAUAUUUGAAUUAAAAUAUUCUGUAUAUUUUGAAGUUGUAUAAAUUUUAAAUAAAAAAAAUGUUUUGUGUGCGAAUGUCAGGGUGAUGAUUCUGUUAAUUUGAUUUGAUGAAAUGUUUUUUAAAAAUCUAAAUCUAAAGUAGCUCUUUCUUGAGGUUAUGAGAUUCAGUAACAAUAUUUUUAAAGAACUUAAAAAUAAAUAGUUUUAUAACUUGGCAAUUGGUUAAACAUAGAUUCCUUAUACACGUAUCCAUGAUCUUAAAUUCUAAAUGGUGUUAAAGGGUGAUUAAUAUAAAUUAAUUACCUAUUAUGCAAAAAAAAAAUGAAAAAAAAAAAAAAAAAUGAGAAAGGCAAGUGAAUGGUAGCCAAAGGUCUUGGUUUUGAACCCUAUGUGGACAGUUUUUUUAUUUUUUAAAAAACUAUUUAUCAUAUUUAUUACUUUUGUGUUUGGGCUGAUUUAUGUGAUUGGACAUUUCUUGUAACCAUGGUGUGUGAAAAGCUGGGCACUCGCUGUGUCAGCCGACAAAUCCAACUCUACACUCUUGGACUUGAUGCCAUCUACUAUUUGUCGGUGGCAGUCAGGAUGGAUUGUCAUUAAAAUAAGAAUAAUCUGUGGCACGUGCAUUGUUUUUGUGUCCAUAAUGACAGGUGCCUUAAGAGAAGUUUAAACCAGGGAGUUGUUAUAGUGACUAACAACUCCCUGUUUAAACAAAGUACAGCCUCUUAGCUUUGAGAUACAUUUCUAUGCUCACAGCCAGUUACAAUGCAAAGGUUCAGCAUGUUUGCACUGUAAACAUGAGUGGCAUCAUUAAUGCAGGUUCACAUUAAAUCAUCAUUAAUUUAAAUCAACAGUGUUAUUUCUGUCAUCAUUGUAAAAUUUUAUUUUAGUAUAUAUUACCAUAGGACUGUCUCCAUUACAUUUUUUUUUUUAACUUAUCCAUUAUUCUAAAGCAAUAGCCAAUUAAAAGUAAUGAACAUUUAAUGAAAUGUAUAAACAGGGUUUUGAAAUAAAUUAUACUAAAUCAAUACUACUGUAGGGUCCUUAAACAUCUUUAUUAGGUGAUUAAGUGAAAGAGCCCUGGUUAGCAUUACUUUUGAAAACACAUAAUGUGGGUGUUUUUACAGCAAUCAGCCUCACUGUGUACUUAUAAAAUUAGUUAAUUUAUCGAGUAGUAUUUUUUCAUGUGUAAACUGCAACUAUCAGUUUAAAUGUGUUUCAAUAAAUAUUACUAAAUUAUUUGAUUUUAAUUAAUAAUAUUUUUAAUCAAUAUUAUUAAAUGAUGUAUAGAUAUUUUUAGAUUAUUGCUAAUGAUAAUUGUAUGCAAAUUGUCCAUACUAUGGACACUUUUCUGCUUUUAUGUUCCGUAAGAAAAAUUUUUAUUUUGAAUAGGAUUUAUAUGACUUUAUUGCAUUUUUAUUCUUGAGAAUAAUCAUGAAAGAAAUUAAAUAAAUAUGGUAUGUAUGUAAAUAAAUGAUGGGGUAUAUUCAGUAGCAAGAAAUGACAAAGUAUGUGUAUGUAGCCAAAUUUGGGCUCUGGGAUUAAUGUUUGCUGCAGGGUUUCUCAUGCAACUUCACAUGAAGGCCCGGCUCGCAAGCCUACUAUCGGCUCGCGGUAAAUGUGUUAUAGCAAAAUUUCAAUGCACAUGUGCUCAUUGUGCAACCCGAGUGAUAUAAGUAUAUGAUGGGUGUGGGGUUGUUUGUUUUUCCAAUGCCACAAACCGAAGAUUAGUCAGUUGCUAUUCAAGACAUGUAGAAAUAAGUUUAAAGACAUCACUGUAGGCACAUUGUUUCAAUUGUAUUAUUGCUGCUUGAUAUAAAUUGCUUAUACUUAGUGAAUUACACACCCGAAUAAGCAGUUAUCUUCUGCAAAGCAAGUUCAUAUAACUUUGUCAAAAGCUGUAAGCAAAAUAACUGUGUAAUGUAAAUUAUUAAUAAAACUUGAUAUAAUGUUAUCUUAAUGUCAAUAGACAUAAGCAAGUUUGCUGCAUAAAGUUGAAAUUAAAACAAAUAUGUAUAAAAA